AUGGAGCAGAAACAGAACAUAGAGCAGUUCAAAGGUCAAACAAGAUUACCGAAGUUUGCCACCCCUGAUCGUUAUGACCUUCACCUCAAACCUGAUCUUUCAGUCUGCACUUUUUCUGGCACCAUAUGUAUUAACCUUAGAAUCAUUGAACCCACUAAGUUUAUUGUUUUAAAUGCUCUUGAACUCAAUAUCCAAGGAGUCCUGUUCACUAACUCACAGAACCAACAGCAGUAUCAUCCAUGUGAUGUUGUUUUGGAUGAAGAUGACAAGAUACUUGUCUUGGUCUUCGAAGAAACACUUGAUGUUGGGGAUGGAACGCUACGGAUUGACUUUUCUGGGAUCCUUAAUGAGCAUUUGAGGGGGUUCUACAGAUGUUCUUACAUGGAUGAAGAAGAGAAGAAGAAUAUGGCAGUUACUCAGUUUGAAGCAGUGGAUGCAAGGAGGUGUUUUCCAUGCUGGGAUGAACCUGCUCUUAAGGCAACCUUCAAAACUACUAUUGAUGUACGGUUAGAGUUGACAGCUUUGUCUAAUAUGCCAAUCAUCGAUGAAAAGCUUAAUGGGGAUGUCAAGACUGUUUAUUUCGAGGAGUCUCCUCUCAUGUCAACUUAUUUGGUGGCUGUUGUUAUUGGGUUAUUCGACCAUAUCGAAGACACAACAGCUGAUGGGGUCAAGGUUCGUAUGUACUGUCCUCUGGGUCAGAGUAAUAAAGGGAAAUACGCUUUAAGUAUUGCAGUCAAGGCACUUGAUUUAUUUACUAAGUACUUCUCAAUGCCUUACCCACUUCCUAAGUUGGAUAUGGUUGCUGUCCCUGAAUUUUCUGGUGGAGCUAUGGAGAAUUAUGGUCUAAUAAUUUAUCGUGAAAUUGAGUUACUUUAUGAUGAUUUGCAGUCUACAGCUGCUAGAAAGCAGAGAAUUAGUUACAUGGCGACGGAUAGCUUGUUUCCUGAGUGGAAAAUAUGGACUCAGUUUCUUCAACAAACCAAUGGUGGCUUGUGUAUCGAUGCACUAGAAGGAUCCCAUCCGAUUGAGGUGGAGAUACACCAUGCUCGUUCAGUGAGUGAAAUCUUUGAUGCUAUCAGCUAUAAGAAGGGAUCUGCUAAAGCCUUGAGCUCAUACAUGGAAAAAUACGCUUGGAAAAAUGCGAAGACAGAAGAUUUAUGGAGCAUGCUUUCAGCGGAAUCUGGUGUUCAAGUGAACUCAAUGAUGGACAGUUGGACAAAGCAAAAAGGGCAUCCAGUCAUUUCUGUAAAAUCUGACGACCACUUCUUAGAAUUUGAACAGUCACAAUUCCUGUCAUCUGGUUUGCAUGGUGAGGGGAAAUGGAUUGUUCCAAUAACUUUGGCCCUUGGCUCUUACAAUAGACGCAAGAAUUUCCUGUUGGAGUCAAAAGUUGAAAGGGUGGAUGUCUGCUAUAGUGUUUUGGAGAUGUUGAUAGACGCCAUCCCAGCUUCAGUGAAUGAGUUGAGGACGUUUUUCAUCAACCUCCUCCUAUUUUCUUCUGAAAAAUUAGGUUGGGAAUCAGUGCUGGGAGAGAUCCACUUAAAUGCACUGUUAAGAGGAGAAAUCUAUACAGCCUUGGCUACAUUUGGGCACGAUAAAACUCACAGAGAAGCAAUGCAGCGGUUUCAAUCUUUGUUAAAUGACAGAACCACGACUCUUCUUUCAACUGAUACGAAAAAGGCUGCAUACAUAGCUAUAAUGAGGAAUGCUAGCUCCAGAAAUAGGAGUGGUUUUGAGUCCUUGUUGAAGAUAUUGAGAGAAGCCGAUGCAGUGCACGAGAAGGAACGUGUUUUGGGAUGUAUAGCUUCCUGUCCAGACCCAGAUAUAGUUCUAGAAGGCCUAAACCUGCUGGUGUCUGAUGAGGUUCGUGAUCAGGACAUUAUCUAUGGACUUAAUGGCAUAAGUUUAGAGGGCCGCAAAAUAGCAUGGAAAUGGUUGAAGAAGAACUGGGAACAAAUCUUGAACAAAUAUGGUGAUGGACUUCUAAUCACCCAUUUCAUCAGAGAUAUUAUCUCACGGAGGAUAAGCAAUGAAAAGGCUGAUGAAGUGGAAGAAUUUUUCGCCACUCGAGCAACUCCAGGGAUUGCUAUGAAUUUGAAGCAAAGCAUAGAGCAAGUAAGAAUCAAGGCAAGGUGGGUUCAAAACAUGGGUUCAAAACACAAAGCAAGAAAGUUCCCUUAA